AUGGAAUUAUCCACACAGCCGUCGCCGACCACGGCCAAGAAGCUCGGCCUCGAGUCGGGCCAGGCCCUCAUGGCCGAGGGCCCGCAGGUGCUGCACCAGUACGUCGCCACCAAGAUCGGGGCCGCCAUGGGCCGCGCCAUGCCGCAGAUGGACGUGCGCUUCAACAACCUCUCGGUCACCGCCGACAUCGUCGUCGUGGACGACUCGGGCGCCAAGCACGAGCUGCCGACCAUCCCCAACACCAUGAAGAAGGCGUUCGUGGGCCCCAAGAAGCGCAUCGUGCGCAAGGAGAUCCUCAAGAACGUGAGCGGCAUGUUCGCGCCCGGCAGGAUCACGCUGCUGCUGGGCCAGCCCGGCUCCGGCAAGUCGUCGCUGCUCAAGAUGCUCAGCGGCCGCUUCCCCAUUGAGAAGAACAUCACGGUGGAGGGCGACAUCACCUUCAACAACGUGCAGCGCGAGCAGAUCGUCAAGCGCCUGCCGCAGUUCGUGGCCUACGUGAACCAGCGCGACAAGCACUUCCCCAUGCUGACCGUCAAGGAGACGCUCGAGUUCGCGCACAAGUUCUGCGGUGGCGAGCUGUCGAAGCGCGGCGAGGAGUUGCUGUCCAAGGGCUCUCCGCAGGAGAACCUGGAGGCUCUCGAGGCGGCCAAGGCCGUGUUCGCGCACUACCCGGACAUCAUCAUCCAGCAGCUCGGACUCCAGAACUGCCAGAACACCAUCGUGGGCGACGCCAUGACCCGCGGUGUGUCCGGCGGUGAGCGCAAGCGCGUGACCACCGGCGAGAUGGAGUUCGGCACCAAGUACGUGACGCUCAUGGACGAGAUCAGUACGGGUCUUGACUCUGCGGCCACGUACGAUAUCAUCAACACGCAGCGCAGCGUGGCGCACACGCUCCGCAAGACGGUGGUGGUCGCGCUGCUGCAGCCGUCGCCCGAGGUGUUCGCGCUGUUCGACGACGUGAUGAUCCUGAACGAGGGCCAGGUGAUGUACCAUGGCCCGUGCAGUCGCGUGGAGAACUACUUCGAGAGCCUGGGUUUCUCGUGCCCGCCCGAGCGCGACAUCGCUGACUACCUGCUGGACCUGGGCACGAACGAGCAGUACCGCUACCAGGUGCAGAGCUACCACACGAAGCAGCCCCGCGGCGCCGGCGA